GCCUCACCAACACAGCCGCCAUCUACACUAUCAUUGUAAGCUCGUCAUCGCUUAUGCCUAGCAUUAGCACUAUUUCUCGAGCCAAGGAAGCACUAGUCAGCCAAAGGCUGUAAUCCAGGCAUCAGAAGUCGACGAAGCCGCAUCGGUGCUCGGGCAUUCCGGACACCUCAGGCGGUCGCCCAUCAUGGCAACCUAUACGUCGACGCCGAAUACACAGCACGCCAAGCGUGGCGCGUUUCCCUCUGCUCAAGCAGGACCGAGCGCAAUCGGCCGUCACACGCUCUCACCAAACAUCGCACCGGAGGAUCAGCCUUACCCGAGCCGCCUGUCACUAGAUGCGGGCUCUUCGCGGGGAGGAUCAGAUGUGGACGAAUCAGAGGUCGACGCCGUCGAGCAUGAGAGGGAAAUGGAAGCGCUGGAAGAUAGCGUGAGACAAACGCGCACCAUCGAAGAAUUUACAGCCAUCAUCGGGCAGUUCAGAAACGAGCGCAGGAGGAGGAGCAGGCACUUGAUGACCGCCAGCGGGUCUGGUGAUGGUCUGAAUGCGGAUGGCACAGGUGGGCGACCUGCGAGCGUGUACAGCGAAGCGAACGAUGCGUCCAGCAUCUAUGAUCCGCGCACUCUCGAGCCAGCCGGUGCGCUCGGCGACGACGCGGCUAGCAUCAUCACUACCCGUAGCACGGCCGCGCGGUUGCGUGUCCAGGUCAGAGUGGCGUGCUGCUGCGAAAGGGGAGAUGGCGGAUGCGACAGAGGGCGCCGAGCAGCGGUAGAGUGGGCCGAUAUGGAGAGCGAUCUCAGACUAGCAGCAGAAAUUGGUCAAGCACUACUCAGGGAUAAAGAUGCGCUGUCUUCCUCCAUCGCCUCCCUCAAGGCCGCUCACGCGCAACAGAUGGAGAAGGUCAUGUCUAGAAUGAGCAACAGUAUUCGAGAAUCGGCAAAGUUGGAGCGAGAGCUCAAGCAAUGCAACCUCAAUCUGGAAGCAUCCGAUUCGGGCAAUCGCGCUCUGCUUGCGGAGCUGGACGACGUGCGAGCAGAAGUGGGCAAGCUACGUCUGCGCAGCGUGAAAUUAAACACGCUCGAAGCUCAAUCUACUCGUCUGCACGCUGAGAUGGAUGAUCUCAAGCAAGAGCUAGCAGCCGAGCGCAAACGAGCGGAUGCAGCCGAAGUGCGCGCUCGCAAAGCCGGAGCCAAGACGGCCGAGCUCGGAGAGACGCUAAGGGCCGUCAAGCUUGAGGCGGACGUUACAAAAGCGCAGAAGGAUCGCGAGUCCGGAAGGAGCGCUUCAAUGCCUGCGAGAGACUGGGCUCGUGCGCAAGAACGGCUUCGAGCUAGCAUCGCCACCUUACGGCCAAAUGAAAGUGGAUCGAAUGACGAGGCAGUGGCUGUGAUCGAGUCGCUCAUCACUGAGAACGAAGCGCUUCGCAGGAACAAUGGCGAGCUCAAGACGUCGCUCAAUGCAGCCAAUGAAGAGGUGCACAUCCUUCGCGAUCAAGCAUUGCACAGUCCCAUCGCUGAGGUCAAUGGUGGCCACUCCUUCAGCCCACAAUCCAAGAGCAGCUCUCUGGACGCACGUGCACCAAAGUACGGAGAUAUCGAGAAGGAAGGCAGCCCAUCGCGCGGAGCUGAAAAGUCAACAGUAGACACUACGAUGGAGCUAUCAGAGCUCCAAGGAGAGCCGGGCCGACCCACUCUCGCUGAUGAGAUCAUCGCCCCGGCGCCAAAGACAUUGCAAAGGCCGUCAGCUGUCAGAUCCUCUUCGCGCUCGUCUAUCCGAACCGCGAGCACAAAUGAGCGGGUCGGGAGCCCUCGGCAGAUGGAGGGUCGGUCUCCCUUCUUCUCGUCGUCGGUGACGGCCGAAUCCCACGCCCAUCUCGGCGCAGACGUGAGAAACGCUAACAUGCAGCGCAAGGUAUCCGGCGCUAGCGCCAUUGGCAGCGUUGCGACCGACACUACCAUGGUCGACUUUGGUCUUGCUGCGGACGAGGCAGGCGCUACCAUCGAUCCGCCGAAGACUCGGGAUAAUCGCACAGCGCAAUUGUCUGUGCUGCUCGACCACAUCCAGCGCAUCUUCACCCGCCUCUCCUCCGCCGACGUGGACACGCUCGCACGUCGGCUGCAACGCCAACAUCUCAAAGGCGACGUUGGGCACCUCGCACGCACUACAGUGAACGGUAUUCUACGCGAGGUCGAGGGAUUGCGCGAUCAUUUCCGCAAGCUGAUAGAAGCGGAAGCUAGGGGUAACGCGAAUGGCAAGGACGAUGCGUCGUCCAUGGACUCCGGCGCCAGGGAUCGAGACAGCGAAUCCCUGCUCGCGCGAAAAGAGUUCUUUGUCCUCCUCAAAUUGUUCCGAGAUCUUUUCACCGAGAUGGCUCGACUGAGAAACGCGGUCAAUGAAGUUCACCUGCAGCCGCAGAAUGCUGCUCGCAUACUUCAAGAACAGCUUGGCGCUGCCACUGCAGAGGAUAAAGGGGUGGGUGCUUGGAUCGGCAGACUGUUCUCGGGUGGGCCAAAUGGUCCUGCUGGUCCUGCUAGUGGUCUGGCUUCAGUCACGAGCACGGGCUCUACUGCCCUACCCAGCGUGUCUCUGAGCGACAAGACAGUCACCAACGCCUCGUCCUCAAAGCCUUUAGCUGCUCGAGCCCCUACCGUGCCAGGUCGACCGCCCAGCCGCGGAGGUAUGGCUCCUCGCGCGCCCAUUACCUCUGGUACAGCGCCCGUAGAGGUCAAAGGUCUGCACUCUGCAUCCACCAGUAAACCGUCCAGUCCUCUGACGCGAGACGUACCCCUCGCGUCGUCACCUUCCGACGUUGCCGCGCCGCCCGAAGCCACUCUGCAAGCCGGCCCACGACCUGCGCUGGCUCGAGGUCGAGGCUCUCUGUCCCGUACACAAAGUCGAAAUCUCUCGGGACUGUUUGCGGGCUCGAUGCCGUCUAAUGAGGGCUGGGACAUUGUCGAUCGGCGCGAUACGAGCGGAGAGCGACCAUCCAGUAUCGUCGCCAGCCAAAUCGGCACACACGGUCCUCCGUUACGCAACCUUCAUCUGAGAGGUCUGGAUCAGACCAGUAGCGGAGGUGGCCGGCCCCUGUCGAGGAUUGUGGACGACGACGAAAUUUCUAUUCGUGAUGGCUUUAUCCCAGAAAGACCACUGCGACCUCGGGGGUUGUCAGACUCGUCCAUCCGAUCCACCUACCUUGACGAUGGCAACAGGGAUAGCAGCGCGGCAAACCAUCGACCACCGCCGAUGGGACGAUUGAUCACUCCUUCGACUCUUGCCCUACAAGCUCAAACUUCGCACACGAGCGCCACCGCCAGGGGUCUGAGAGUAGAGGAUCUCGACUAUUCGCCCGCUCCCUCGGAAUCCUCCGCCUCGACGGCGAGCGCUGGACCCAAAGCGUCUUCGGCCGCUCAAGAAGUCGGCCGAGCAGCAAGACAAGCCAGCUCGAGCGGCGCUUCGGGCCCUUUGAGCUUCCUCACUACCGGGCUCAAUAUUGGUCUACCAUCGCUGCGCACGCAAUCUAGCAAUGCUCAGCUCAGUCUGAGCUCUGCUCAAGGCUCAGCAGUCGGCACGCCCGCUCAUACUAGUCGCGCACCUGGCAGCUCGCGUCCGAGAUCAUCAAAGGGUGCAGAAUUUAGCUCUAGCUUGGCUCGCUCUUCUCGUAGAGGAUUUUAAUAGUCCGACUUGUGCCGCAGUCUAACAAUUCCUACUAGCAGACAUCACGGGCAGACAUCACGCUGACGCCCUUUGGCAUGCGUACUUUGCGACGCUAGCAUUCUCAUCAUUGCUGAAACGUCUGAUGCUACUCUAUCAUAUGAACCCUCACGCUUUUCACGCGUGCCUGCGUAUGGAAACGCUCAAUCACAAUCAUCCGCUUGCA